AUGCUGCAGCAAAUUCUACGGGAUAUGUACAUCGAUCCGGAGCUCCUGGCUGAACUGAAUGAAGAACAAAAGCACAUCCUCUUCUAUAAGAUGCGAGAAGAGCAGGUCAGGCGAUGGAAGGAAAGGGACAAACAAGCCAAGGAGGAAGAGGAUGCGCUGAAGAGAACUGUGAGACCCAAGCAGAAUAAUGGCAAGCACAUUCAGUGGCUCCUUGGGACAGAUGGUGAGGUCUGGGUUUGGAUUAUGGGAGACGCUCCUGGAGACAAACCGUAUGAGCAGAUUUCUGAGGAACUUAUUGCUGAAAGAGCAAGACAACAAGCCCAAAAGGAAGCUGAGGAAUUAUGGAAGCAAAAAGAAGCUGAAAUUACAAAGAAAUUUCGGGAUGCUAUGGCUAAAGAGAAAGCUCGAAUAGUGGCAGAGAAGUGGAAAAUAGAGACAGAAGAUCGCAAAGCCGCAAAACUGAUGGAGGAGAAAAUCCAGGAGGAACUAAAG